AUGGGCCGCUUCUCGGGCCAGACCUGCCGGCUGCUCUCGCUGCUGGCGCUGACGGGGCUGUUCUUCGUGGCGGAGCUGGUGUCUGGCUACCUGGGCAACUCGCUGGCCCUCAUCUCGGACGCCUUCAGCAUGCUCUCGGACCUGGUGGCGCUGGCGGUGGGCUUGGCCACGGGGAGGGCCUGGGCCCGGCUCCGACAGCGCCGCCGCUCCCGCCCCGGGGCCGCCGGGCCCUCCUCCUCCUCGUCCUCGGGGUCCUCCUUCGCCUCGGGGCGCGGGGAGGUGCUGGGGGCUUUGGGCAACGCGGUCUUCCUGGCCGCCCUCUACUUCACUAUCCUGGUGGAGGCCCUGCAGCGCCUGGCCCAGCCCCAGGGCAUCCGCGACGCCUUCCUGGUGCUGGUGGUGGGCGCCCUGGGCCUCGCCGUCAACCUCCUGGCCCUCCUCCUCUUCCAGGACUUCUCCCGCUGCUGCCCCCGGCCUCCCUCCCAGCCUCAGGGCAAGGCCCUGGCCACAGACCCCGAAGCAGCCCCUGAGCAGCCCAGCCAGGAGGAGGCAGGUGCCGACGGCAGCGUUUCUUCUUUGAAUGCAGGUGACUCCCUAAGUACCCAGAAACAGUCUCAAGAGGAGGUGGUACAGAAGAAAGAGAAAAAGUCUGAAGCCCUGAACAUCAGAGGUGUUCUUCUGCAUGUGAUGGGAGAUGCACUUGGUUCAGUUAUUGUUGUAAUUGCCGCUUCAAUAUUCUAUGCGCUCCCUCUGGAGGAAGGUGCCCCCUGUAACUGGGAGUGCUACAUCGAUCCAAGUCUGACAAUCAUUAUGGUGUUCAUCAUACUGUCUUCAGCCGUCCCACUUAUCAAGGAGACAUCAACCAUUUUGCUGCAGAUGGUUCCCAAGAGCGUUAAUAUGCAAAUCCUGACAAACAAACUAUUAGAAGUGCCAGGGGUUAGCAGCAUUCAUGAGGUGCAUGUUUGGGAGCUUGUCAAGGGGAAGAACAUUGCCACGCUCCACAUCAAGUGUCACUCUACAUCUGAUUAUGAAGAGGCUUCUUACAAAAUGAGAGAGGUGUUCCAUGAAGCAGGGGUCCAUUCUGUGACCAUCCAGCCAGAGUACCUUGAUCAGAAGAGUCCAGAGAUCCUGUGCAGCGCCCCGUGUAUCUCCAAAGCUUGCGACCCUCACUUGUGCUGUAGCCAGCAGGAAACCUUCCUUGCUCAGGUGAAUGGCUACAAUGGAAAAGGCGGCCUGUCUCCAACUCUGCAGAAAUCCUUCCAGAAGAAGGAUGCCGGAGAAAUUCCUGAUGAACCUACAUGGGCUGAAGAUGCGGUCAUAAAGAACAGUUCCCCAAAGAAUGGUUACAAAGAAGCAAGCAUUCCCAAGCCUAAAAAAAGUAGUACACGAUUUUAGAUAAUUUAGUAUAUGUUUUGUAACUUCUCUUGUCUAAGGUGCAAAGCCUUCCCUGGGCAUAGCUUCCCUUAGCUAACAGGCACACAGCUGCUGGAAAGUAUUUGCCAUGGUCCUGGGAUGAGACAUUUGACAUCUUGGUACCAGACUGGUACACAUGGACAAAGGAUGCAACUGAAGGGGGUAUUGCUUGUAUUGAAAGAGCCAGCUGUGCAUGUAGAAAGCCCUCCAACUCAAGUUGGGCAAGUAAUGAAUUUCUUCGCUAUCUACUCAAUAGUCCCCAUCCUCAGAAGGUGGGUAGGCACCCCAUCCCCCAAGUGAAGACUGUGCCUUCCACUUAAACAGCAUGCUCUUUGGGUGCAAGCACUUCCCUUUAAGUAUAUUUGCCUUCACCAAAUAUACUCAGUGCAAUUUUUACACUGUUUUGACCUAAGUGCAGCUCUUUCUGGGGAAAAUAUGUCCAUGUCUGUUUCUCUCAAGGGUAAAUACUUUGUGGCCAAACAUGCUUGAAUUUCUCUCUAGUCUUACUGAACUGGGAUGCAAAUUGUUAGCCUUUUAGUACUGUGUGAUUUUACUGGGUUUGAGGUGCUUUAUUAUGACAGAAUGAAAGAGGACAGAAGUUUCACUGAUCCUUUUUAAAAAACAUACCUAGAUUUACUCAAAAUCAGAAGUGGAUGGCUGGGGAGAGGGACAGGCCCCCAUGGGUUCAUAGAGAUAUUUAAUGUUCCUAACAGGAAUGUGGGAUGCAAAACUCAUGGAAAGCAGGAUUUGGGAGCCUGAAAGACAACCUACAAGAUGGCAGAUGCAGAAUCACUUGCAUGGUGGCUUUCACUGCAUUUGAAUUGAAUGUAGUGAAGUCAGUCAUUUAGAGUGCCUUUGGAGCCAAUAAACACAGCUCUUUUGCACUGCUAGUCUGAAAAACCGAGAAUUUUAGUAUAGGAGUAUAAAUGACAAUUACAUAAUUUAUUCACUUACUGAAUUUAUUCACUCACCAUACUAUAUGUUCCCCCUGUUGCAGUAAUAGGAACCUGAAAUUAUAAGAUGCUGUAAACAUCUUGAAUAUAAUUUGUUAUGUGAGUUAAGCAUUCAUGUGAAUAAUUAAAGAUAAAUGUAUGUUAUAUUAAUAAAAGAAACUGCAAUCUGCAGUACCCUUGCACCUGUACAUUAUUGGACUUCUAAGUAAAUUUGCACUGGGAGGUGUUGCACAUAUACCUAAGCCAUGAGCAGUUAAUUCUCCCUCCCAUAUCCUUUUACAUAUGGUGCUAUUCAUUGUUGUAUUUAUUCAAAUAAUGACACUUUGUUCGAGUUGUUUCUAGGACUUAUUUUUAACCAGUUUCUUCUUAGAAUUCAUUCAGAAAGGUUCUUUACAGUCUGACACCUCCUUCUAAACAUCUUUACUGAGCUAUAUCCCACUGAUUGCUUACUUUAAAGAAUUCUCCUUUGCUUUAUUGAAUGAGGAUUCCAUACAAUAUAAUGAGUAUCUUGAGAAUCCACCGUUGUUUGGAAAAUCGCCUAAGGUUUAUAGGUUGUAUCACCACUGAAAAUGAGAAGGUUUAGUUCCAUUGAAAGCCAGAGUGAGAGGUAUGCAGAACUUUGGAAAAAUGAUUGCCCAUGGUAUGUAGGGGAUUCUGGGAAGUGUAUCCUAAAAGGGCAAAUUAUGUCAGCAAUGGACAUGAAGAUGUGGGCAGCCCUUCUCCCUCUAAUGAAUAUGGCAGAAUGAGGAGAAGACAGUAAGCAACCUGUAUUCUGGAUUAACACUUAACAUUUCUGCAGUAUUUUAAUCCAGAGGAAGGAAUCACGCAAACCUCCAGAUGAUGUUAGAUUUCUACUCCGAGCAUUUAUCACCACUGGCUAUGCUGGCUAGGACUGCUGGGAGUUGCAGUCCAGAAACUUCUAGAGGGCUACUUGAUUCUCACCCCUCUUUUACUCAAAUGUAACAAAUUAGAUUGCUCCAGCAUAGGAGUGCAAUCCUAUUUCAACCUAGAGGAGUAAAGUUUUGCAAGCAUACUGGCUACUUAUAUACAGGUCUGGGAUGCAAAGAUGGCUGCCUGUUUGGUGGAGUGAGGGAGCUUUAUUACUGCCAUCCAAGGGCCAAUAUGUGGCCCUUUGGGGUAGGAAACUAUCUAACAGCUAUUGUGUUGCUUGGCAAAACUAUUUCACAAGGAGAUACUGGAUACCUCUACAUAAUAGUGGAAAAAUUAAUUAUACUUGUAUAGCCUCUGGUUACAUCUAUGGUUACACAAGAGUAAAGCCACAAGAGGAUUCUGAUCAGGGCUUUUCUAACUGCUGAUAUUCUACAUUCUUCUGAGCUGCACUUUACCAGUACAUGUGCAGAUAAGGCUUAAAUCCUCCUGUAUCCCGAGAAGCUUAUACCUGAAAGAAUUAAGUUGACUUCCUCAGAUGCAUUUGUAAAUGGAUUUUACAAAUCCAUUUGUAAGCUUCACUGGCUAUAAGCUUCUCUGGAAAGCUCUCCAUGGCCCAUUCCUUGCUUCACCAUUUCCAUUUCUUGAGCCAAGAGAUCUUCAGCUUUCUUUAGAUAUUUUGAAAUUUGAAAAUGCAUCUGGGGAAGUAGACUUUGAAAGCUCAUGUUGCCAAUUUCUUUCAGUUAGUCUCAAAGGUGCUACAAGAUCUCUCUACAUACUCAUUCUACAGACUAACAUGGCUAUAUCUUUGAAUUCUACCUGAAAGAGUUGUUAGACUGGUUGUCCUGAACCUCAAUACUGCCUUGCUGGCAAGGAACUAUAAAUAUAAUCUGCCCAAGUAGUUCUGCUUGUUAUCAAGUUAUUCUGCUUGAUGGGAAGCCUCACUGAAACAAAUGAUUAUUUCUGCUUGUAUAUUUUUCUGUCACUUAAUGGAAAAUAUGUAUGUAUUAUAGCAUAAACAGAGAUUAUUAUCUGUAGUUUAGUAUGUGUUCAGUUGUAAUAUUGUUUUUAAUUUUUUCUCUGUAUAUGUGUAUGCAUAUAUAUGUAUUCUAUUUAUACUGCAUUGUAUGAAUAUACAUCUCUCCAUAAAACACUGUGAUCACAGUUUAAAGAAUAUGCCUUUCAAUGAACUGUACUGUACAAAGGUAUUGCUAAACUGAUAGUGGUUAUAAAGUGGUCUCAUUUUUUACUUCUUAAACAUACACAGAAAAAAUGAAUAAGCAAUGUAACUUAUUUUGGACAAUAG